CCUUUGCUUCACUUUCCUACUUUCGCCUGAACAAUUGUGGAAGAAUAUCCCAAAGAGAAACCAGAGCUACCAGAGGGGGUGGUGUUGAACUUUGAAACAGAGCUUCAAGUUAAGGCGGAGUCGUUGGACUCCAAGGAGGAAAUAUUCCCAUCAUUUGCUUUCCCUUACGCUUCAGCUGUAUCGGAGGAAGUCGGAAACGAUAUUUUCCCCGAAUCCAUGGUGGAUAAUAACCUAAUGGGUAGCUUUUCCCCUGCUUUUAUAUCUCCGGCCACUUCCGAAUCCAAUUACUUCUCAGUGUCGCCGUGCGACAUGGGUAGCUUCGGGAUAAGACAGUCGUCGGAAUCUGAUCUUGCAGAGAUAAUUUCCGGACCACUGGCUUCGGUGCCCAAUUCACCAAUCGGAGACUUUGAUUUCACAGUCCUACUGGACACAAGUUUCUCAUUCAACAAUCUUGAUUGCUUUUCUUGAUAAAAGAAUUUUACUUUCUGUUUGAUGAAGACAGAAAACUAAUAGAUAAUAUUACAAAUUGCGACUUGAUAUCUGAUUCCAGCCAGCAUUCGAAGAGACUCUGGGGCAUAUUCAGAAAGGUUGUCAUCGGAAAGCGUUGUACCAAAGGUCCUCAUAUGGAUGCUGGGCUUGGGAAUUUUACUUUCCCCAAGUAGUUCAUAUAUUUUUUUUUCCCCUUUUUUUUUAGGCUUGGGUUGUGUGUUGUAACUUGUAACAUAAUCUAUGACAAAGUUGUCAUUUUCAUCCUAGUAUAAUUAAUGUUUUAAUUUUUGAGUUGCAAUGCUUUUAGGCGGCAAUUGGGAUUUUGCAGUGUAGGGUUAUAGAAUAGUUAUGGCUUUUCUUAUGUUGUGAAAUUACAAAAAUUAGGUGUUUUCUUUCUUAUAAUUAUUUUUGUAAAGUAU